AGAGGAGCAGCGGCGGCACCAUGACAUCCUGCCGUACAUUGACGACUCACCAUCAUCCUCUCCACACCUCAGUUCCAAAAGCCGUAGCAGCCGGGACACACUCUCCUCAGGAUCACUGGAGUCCUCCAAGUCGACGGAGUGUGACCUUGAAAAGGGCUUGGAGAUGAGGAAGUGGGUUCUAUCUGGGAUCUUGGCCACAGAAGAAGCAUACCUCAGCCACCUAGAGGCUCUGCUGCUGCCAAUGAAGCCUUUAAAAGCAGCUGCUACAACAUCUCAGCCUGUUCUCACAGUGGCCCAGAUAGAAACCAUCUUCUUCAAAGUGCCUGAGCUCUACGAGAUUCACAAAGAGUUCUAUGAUGGACUUUUGCCCCGUGUGCAGCAAUGGAGCCACCACCAGAGAGUUGGGGACCUCUUCCAGAAACUGGCGAGCCAGCUUGGAGUGUAUCGGGCAUUCCUGGACAACUAUGAGCUUGCUGUAGAGACAGCAGAAAAGUGCUGCCAGGCUAACUCACAGUUUGCUGAAAUCUCUGAGAACCUUAAGGUGAGGAGCCCUAAAGACUGUAAGGAUAUGGCCAAGAACUCACUGGAGGCUUUGCUGUAUAAACCAGUGGACCGAGUGACACGCAGCACUUUGGUGUUACAUGACUUGCUCAAGCACACACCCACCAGCCACCCAGACCAUCCGCUCCUGCAGGACGCCCUUAGAAUCUCCCAGAACUUUCUGUCCAGCAUCAACGAGGAGACGACAUCAAGGCGCCAGUCUGUAGCCUGGAAGAAGGGCGAGAACCGCCAGCUGCUGAAGGACAGUUUCAUGGUGGAGCUGGUGGAGGGAACCAGGAAGCUGCGGCACGUCUUCCUCUUCACCGAUCUGCUUCUCUGUGCCAAACUGAAAAAGCAGAUAGGAGGUAAAAACCAACAGUACGACUGUAAGUGGUACAUCCCCCUGACCGAGUUGACCUUUCAAGGCCCUGAAGAGACGGAGCCCCUCACCAUUCCCCAAGUCCCGGACGAAGAGCUCGAUGCUGUUAAGGUCAAGAUCUCACACCUCCGUAGUGAGAUUCAGAGGGAGAAGAGAGCCAAUAAGGGUUCAAAAGUGAUCGACCGACUACGAAAGAAACUGUCAGAACAGGAGUCUUUGAUGCUGCUAACAUCUCCCAGCAUGCCCCUCAGACUGUUCAACAAGAACGGAAAGAGUUACAGCUUCCUGAUUUCUUCUGACUAUGAGCGUUCAGAGUGGAGGGAGAUAAUCAGGGAACAGCAGCAGAAAUGUGUUAAAACGCCCUCUCUGACAUCCAUGGAGCUGCAAAUGUUGACCAGCUCCUGUCUCAAACUCCAAACUGUUCACAACAUUCCACUUAGUCUGAAUAGAGAAGAGGAUGACUCCUCCGGUCUCUAUGGAUUUCUGAAUGUAAUCGUCCAUUCUGCCUCUGGCCUCAAACAGAGUUUAAAUCUCUAUUGCACAUUGGAGGUGGACACAUUUGGCUUCUUUUUGAAUAAAGCAAAGACGAGAGUCUACCGAUACACCACUGAACCCAAGUGGAACGAGGAGUUUGAGAUCGAGCUGGAGGGCUCUCAGACCCUGAGGUUGCUCUGUUACGAGAAGAGCUAUAACAGGACCAAGCUGAACAAAGAAGACGGAGACAGCACAGACCGCAUCAUUGGGAAAGGACAGAUCCUGCUCGACCCUCAGACUCUUCAAGGCAAAGACUGGCAGAGAACAGUCAUUCCCAUGAAUGGGAUUGAAGUGAAACUGUCUAUAAAGUUCACCAGCAGAGAGUUCAGCCUGAAGAGGAUGCCCUCAGAGAAACCCUUGGGUGUGUUUGGAGUAAAAAUCUCCACAGUGACCAAACGGGAACGCUCCAAGGUGCCCUAUAUCGUCCGUCAGUGCCUAGAAGAGAUAGAGAGGCGAGGCAUGGAGGAGGUGGGAAUAUAUCGUGUAUCAGGAGUAGCCACUGAUAUUCAGGCUUUGAAAACUGCCUUUGACACAAAUAAUAAAGAUGUGUCUGUGAUGAUGAGCGAGAUGGACGUUAAUGCCAUCGCCGGGACCCUAAAGUUAUAUUUCAGAGAACUACCUGAGCCCCUCUUCACCGAUGAGCUCUACCCUAACUUUGCAGGUGGCAUCACCCUCACCGAUAGUGUUGCCAAAGAGAGCUGUAUGCUGAAUUUGCUGCUUUCACUGCCAGAACCAAACCUGGUCACAUUCCUUUUCCUUCUCGAUCACCUCAAGAGGGUGGCAGAGAAGGAAAGUGUCAACAAGAUGUCUCUGCACAAUCUGGCAACCGUGUUUGGUCCCACCCUGCUCAGGCCGGCGGAGAAGGACAGCAAGAUCCCCUCUAACCCCACUCAGCCCAUUAGCAUGGGGGACAGCUGGUCCCUGGAAGUUAUGGCACAAGUCCAGGUCUUGCUGUAUUUCCUGCAGCUGGAAACCAUUCCCACCCCAGACAGUAAACGACAAAGCAUCCUCUUCUCCACUGAAGUGUAGAGUUUACUCCGACUCUGUCUGCUCUGGACUAUGACCGGCAGAGGUGUGAAAUGGGGAUGGACACUGGCUCAAAGUGAGCCUACAGUAGUGUGUUUUUAAAUUGACUUGGAAGGAUUGUCUCUGCAGAACACAAGAGGGCGCCAAUAAUCUCUUCUCCUCAGAGGAUUUGAGUUCGUGAUUAUACACAUCAUUACCCAGUAGUUAGUAAGUUUGGUAGCUGUAGUCAUUCAGCAGACGAUCUGCCUCUGUCACAUUUUGGGUUUUUCUCGUCUCAUAAAUGCAGACAUGUUAAAGUUCAACACAUCUUUCUGGAUUUCACGUACCUUUUCUUUGCAGCAUUAUACCUCAAGUUUUCAUUUAUUUUGGACAAUCACAAAUUGUUUUCCACGUCCAGGCUCUUACCACGUCUUAUUUAAAAGUUACACAUUAUUUUGAUAUAGAUGAGACAUUUUUUGGCCUUUUUAUCAACCUUUUUUUUGGAAGGCACAGGAAGCCAACACCUGUGAUUGUGUUUACAGCGUAAACAAACCUGGCUGGAGUGGAAAGCUAUGACUUGAAAAUAGGUAUUUAAUAAUAAAAGAUAGUUGUAAUCUAAUGCUUUUUUUUUGUACUAAAAAAGCAGACUUGUUUUUCUUGUCUCGUUUUUUUUUCUUAAAUUAGUCUCCAGUUUAAAUGCACAGGAAGCAAUAUAUUUCUUACGUAGGAAUUGUUGAAAUGUCCGUCCUGUUGUAACAUAGUACAUCUUGCCAAAUCGGUUUUUGUUGUAUUUAGCAGAGAAAAUGAGGCAUGUAGAUGUUUGUAAUCUUAAAGUUGUAAUUUUGUUAUAAAUUCUUUACUAUAAUUUAUUUUUGGGUUGACUGGCGGGGAAACACAGUCUUUUUCUUUAUGAAAAUAGUACCUUUAGCAUUUACGUCAAGCCUUUCUGUAAAUGAGCAAGAUUUUAGCCUUGUUUCUAAUAAUAUUCACCUGUUAAUUCUCCAUCAAAAUAUCUUUAUUUUUACUAUGAAGCAUUACAGUCUAAUCUGUUAUUCCCCUGUGGAAAAAGAACAAGCAAAUUUAACUGCAGGGCGUUCCUUAUAUUUGUCAAAUCUCUAGAGACGUCUGUCCCCGCUCUAAUAAGACAUUGUGUCUGUUUGUACCAUUUAAUCUGUGGCAACAGAACAGCACUCAUAAAGAGCACAUCAGCUACUUUUUGCCCUUUUUAUUUUCCGCCUAAAUAUUGUAAAAUUUCCCAAAAGAUGGCCUUGCUUUUAAUUGCUCUGAUUCUGAUAUAACAUGCAGGCAUGUUUUAUAAUUUCUAUUAUGUUUUAAAUUCUUUUUUUGGGGAUGACUUUGUGUUCAAACUUCAUCUGAGAUUUUGUCAGUUUUUUUUUUCUUUUGUUUGUUUGUUUUUAACUUAAUAAAACAUAUAUUUGUGUGGCCAGAGGAAGCACAAUGUGUGAUCAGGUUUCAAUUUACACCAAUCAGCCACAAUAUUGAAAUCCAGAACUAAUUUUUACCCUCCUUGAAGCUAAUAUAGGACAUUGGGAAAUGUUUGGUAUCGGGGUUUUUUCCUUCAGCUUUGAUAAUCCUUGUUUUUUUGUUAAAUCUUAAAAAAAAAAUUAUUUUUUCCUUGGAAAAAAAGCUAAAACAAAUAAUUCUCACACUUAAUGUCUGUAACAAGUGCAAAUAGCACUGAGCGCCUUUGUGUUAUCGUGUCCAUCCUCAGUCCCCUGGUUUCUAAAAUGCUGAGAACAAUGAAGUUGCUGGCUUUUCAGUGUUCAGGUUUUAAACUGACAUUUCAAAACUAAAAAAACAGAAACAUACCUUGUAUUUUCAGUCAGAGGCAAGCAAAGGUGCUGCAAAUUUGGGAGUUUACUUUAAAGCUGUAAAGCUUUUAGUAUUUGAGCACUGCUCCUUUCCCACCGGUUUUAUUGCUGAAAGAAGCUUACUUCACUUUUCUCCUACUCAGAAUUUAAAAAAAAUAUCACCAGCUGGAAUUAUUUCCAGUUCGAACACACUCUGACAAUCAGUUGCAUUACUAAACACAGUGUUGUUCAUCACUGAUUUAAUAGUAAAACUGUUUAAAAAGUACAGUUACGAAGAAUAUGAUUCAGUAACCAGCCAACUGUAGGCUGGUUACCAGAGCAGAUAGCCUGACUAACUAUUCUAUAUUCACUUAUUGUAUCUGAUUAAUGGCUAAAAGAUGUGAUUGUCUGCUCAGUAAUUAUGCACUUCAAACAUCUUAUGCACUUGAAAACCUCUCCCAAGUUUAGGUGGCGUGUGUUCUACACUUUUUACUUGAAAACAGGAAAUGUUUCCAAAUAAUAAAUGUUGUAGAUAACAUAUAAGAAUUUGCAAUCAAUAUUCUACACUAUUUUAGCAGAAGCUUGCCCAGUUGUUGCCUUCUUGCUCGAUAUAAAAGUAAUUAGAUAAAGAAAAGUAAUUAGAUUAGGCUAGAGAAUUGGGUUUUAAAUGUUUGUAUAAAUACCGUAAUGCUGUAAGAUGUUAUUAUUAUUAAUCAAGGUUCUAAUACUAUGAGAAUUUCCUAUCGAUCCCUGCCUGCUUAAAUCACACAAAAACAGGUAGGAAUACCAUUUCAAAAAUAGCUUGGGCAGAUGUGCCUCAGAUGAAAAUUUUUUUGUUGUUUUUUGUAUCACUCAAAGCACAAAUUAACUGCAAAUGCAAGAAAUAGAUUUAUGGAAAUAUUUUAAAAUAGAAAAGCUUUAUCAUCCCUGCAGUUAAACACCCAAAUAUGUUGUAGAGCACCAAAAAAUAUCUAGCACAAUUUAUUACUGCGAAAUAAAAUGGGUAGAUUUAAGGUGUUGUGGUUUUUCCUGUUGUGGUUGACUGGUGUAUAAGAAACUACGUUAAAAGGGAAGCAAGAACUCAGUUGAUUUGAAUAGUAAAAUCAUUUUUUUUUCUUUUAUACUUGCUUCCAGCCACUAUAUAAUUUCACUCUUUUUUCCUCUCACAGUAGCAUGCCCUUUGCUCCUUUUUAAAAAUGAUCAUUCAGUCGUGUUUCUCCAUCAAACUGAGUCCCAGCUGCCUGUACUUAUCCAACCUUUUUGUGCCUCAACACCUGCUUUUGUUUACCACCGAAAUUUUACUUUCAAUGCCAGCUUGAAAUGCUGGUGGUAAAAAAAAAAAAAAAAAAAAAAAAACUUUCAUCCUCCUGUUGCCUUUGCUGAGGACAGCCACACAUCUUUCAUCUUUUUUCUUAUAGGCUAAGACAGGACCUUAAAGUACAAGCAUGGUCUUAGCUCAUCCUAUACAUGAGCAUUCCUUCAUCGACCUCUGAUGCUGUAAGUGAUUUAAACUCUCUGCUAAAUUUGGUCUUCUAAGGGCCACGCAGUUUUAUCUCUUGUAAUGCCUUUUUAUGCUAAUUUAUUUAUGAUUCCUUCUAGUUUGGUAUGAGAAAGUUCUUUAUCUUUUAAUUUAUAUUAAAAUGUCAAGAUAAUGUAAGAAACAUGUCUUAAUAUAAUGUGUUUUUUUUCUAAUUACCUGCCUCUUCUGCUGUGUUUAAAGCAUUUUGUUGCCAGUUUGUCUCACUCUAAGAACCACUAAGUAGCUCUGUAUACAGUGUCUCGCAAAAAUAUUUGCAUCCUUUGAAUGCAGUCCAAACAUUUUAUGAUGUAUGAACUGCAAAAUGAAUUCAUUUUAUUGGAGUUAUAUGUGAAACACCAACACAAAGUUGUGCAUAUUUAUAAAGGGAAAGAAUGAAGAUUAAUGGUUUUCAAAAAAAGGUUAAAACAAAACUCUGAUAAAAAAAAAUGUUAUAUGCAUAUUUGUAUUUGAAAGACAUCAUUUUAGGGCAGGUACAGCUUCAAGCUUUUUGGAGUAUGAAAACCAGCUUUGUAUGUCAGGUGACUGAAGUUACUGCCCGAAGAAAAAAACAUAAUUUUCCCUUCCUUUUGAUAGGUGAGCUCUUCUUUUUGUUGGUGUAUCACAUACAACACGAUUUGAGGUUUUAAUGUGAAAAAAAUGUAAAGAAAAAGGUACAAAUAUUUUUCCAAGGUAUCUUUCAACUGAGUUUCUGCACUGUCAGCCCGGCGUAUCAAUAUUUUUCGAGCAGCAGACUGGCCACUGUGAUUGUUUUGCUCUCUGACGUGUACAACCGAAUAGAUGAUGCAGGUUCAGGUAACUCAGAUUUUCCAUGGACUGUAAAAUAUGUAUUAUACUAGAAAAUACAUACCUUGGUUUCCCUUUUAUUUAUUGUGCAAUUCACUGGAUCAUUAAGCAGCAAACUGGUACACUUUUAACCUUUUUGCAAAUCCAACCUGUCAGUUUUGCGGUAGAGGAGAGUCUAAUAAAACUCUAAAUCUGUAUUGUUUUGCUCCGUUUGUUGCUGUAACUGCAUGUUCUCGCCACAAAUUCAGCCCCAGCCAAAAAAAAAAAAAAUAUUAUUUUUUUUGUGGGCUUUCCUGAAGGUAUGGUGCAUAUUGCUUUAAAUGUGCAUUUAUUGUACAGGAACCCUGUUGUGUAUUGCCAUAUUAUAGGUAAUAUAACAAACCUUCUGCUGCCACUUCUCUGAAGUCAUGCCACCAAUAAAUCUGCCUACUUUUUUUAUGUUGAGAACAUAAAGUUACUCUCAAGGAUGAGAAUUGUCGACCAACUAUGUCACUUUCUUUUUCUUCCUGUUAACUAUUCAAUGUUCUGCUUGUAGAACUGUAAAAAGGAUUACUGUAUUCUGAGGGUAAAACAUGUUUGAGAGGCAUUUGCAGCCUAUGUUUGUACACAAAAAUAGUAAAUAAAAUCUCCUGUAUCUACAUAGA